AUAUAUCCUCUUCUGCAAGUGUGAAUAUCUAUCUGGAAUAUUUUAGCAUCAGGCUAAACACUAUAGCCUACAGCUAGAAGUAGUUUUGUGCGUGUGUCAAAAAUGGCGGAUGAGGUUGUUCUUCUGGACUUCUGGGCAAGCAUGUUUGGCAUGAGGGCCAGAGUAGCGCUGGCGGAGAAGGGCAUCGAGUAUGAGUACAGAGAGGAGGACUUGAGGAACAAGAGCCAGCUGCUUCUGCAGAUGAACCCGGUUCACAAGAAGAUCCCGGUUCUCAUUCACAACGGUAAGCCAGUCUGUGAGUCACUCAUCAUUGUGCAGUAUAUUGAUGAAGUUUGGAGUGAUAAAGCUCCUUUGCUUCCCUCUGAGCCUUACCAGAGAGCUUGCUCUAGGUUCUGGGCUGAUUUCAUUGACAAGAAGCUAUAUGAUGCUGGGAGGAAGAUAUGGUCCACAAAGGGAGAGGAACAAGAGGCAGCUAAAAAGGACUUCAUCGAAAUCCUGAAGCAGCUGGAGGGACAGCUGGGAGGCAAGCCAUAUUUUGAGGGUGAGAAAUUUGGGUUCUUGGACAUUGCUCUCAUCACGUUCUACAGCUGGUUCCAUGCAUAUGAGACCUGUGGAAACUUCAGCAUCGAGGCCGAGUGUCCCAAGCUCAUUGCAUGGGCCAAGCGGUGCAAGCAGAGGGAGAGUGUUUCCAAAUCCCUUGCUGACGAAAAGAAGGUGUAUGAGUUCGUUCUUAGCAUUAAGAAGAUGCUUGGUGUGGAAUAGAGGGGGAGAUAUCGAUAGGCUGCUAGCUAGAAUGUCGAAGUCCUAGAGUGAAGUCUCAAGCUGUGUCCAGUUUAAUUCGUCUAAUUUCUUUCCUUUAUGUAUCUUGUUUUAGUUUCUAGUGAGAUAUUAUGGUGAGAAACUUUGAUGCGUCUUUCGAAUCUUGUGUGAGAAAGAGUCUAGAUGUAUGAGUCCAAGGGUGGAAAUCAAUAUUUGGUGCAGGUCCACUAACAACCUUUUUGGACAUGAUCUGGUAUGGUGCAUUAUAAAGUUGGGGACUCAAAUGCUCCUCCAUUGUCAUUGGAGGAAAAAAAUAAUUGACCUCAUACAUAUAAAUGAAUAAUUAAAAAUA